UUGUUGUCGAAAGAGCUUAUGAGGUCUUAUCGAUUUUCCUAGCGUAUUACUUAUUACCUACCAAUUCGUGCACAGACCAAAUUUCGGUCCGAUGCUUUGUGUUUCGUCGCUUGGUGGUUGGGGACAAUUGUGGCAGAAUGCAAAAUACAGUUGUCCUGGCAAGUGGCAAAUCGCAACAGUGCAGUGAUAAAUGUAUACGAGUGGCUCGCAAGAAGAUAGUGUUCGUACGGGACGAUGAGCCGAUUUAUUGCGCACAGUUUCAAUAUGAAAGGGCAACAAUAUUAAGUGGCCAAAAGUUUAAUAUUUUCCAUGGCUAAAUGAUUAUCUUUAAAGUCGAAAUUCGUUGCUGUAUGGACGGCUCUGGCCAUCGUGUGCUAAAUUGCGUGGUUGUACGGUUCUAUAUUAAGGUUUAAAGCUGCAACACACAAGUGAGUCGUUUCGAUAAAAAAACGAUACAUUUACUACAAGCAGGAGGCGGGGACGUGUCUCGUUGUUGCUAUGACAUACGAUACCGUCAGCCAGUCCAUGGAACGUACCAAUGGGAAAGCGAUGGAACAGCGGGACAAUGGGAUGGUAGUGACGGUGAACGAACAUCAGAUCGGCCAUAACACAGUGGAAAAUGCUCACAACAGCACCACCAGCGCUGGGAACAACACAUCGGCAAUGCUUAGCAGUUUCCCCGUGGAUAAGCUUGCCUCCUUGAAUGCGAAAAUUUCAAACUCAAGAUGGGUGGUCCCUGUGCUGCCGUCGCAGGAAUUGGAUUGUUUGCUGGACGCAGCGAUUCAGCUCUCCACCUUAGGAAUCGAUGGCGAUUGCGAGCCGUGCGUGCGUUUUUACCAGAACGAGUUGGCCAUAUCGUUCAUCAACAUCCUGACCGAUGAGGCCGUAAUGUCGUGGAAGAACAACAUUCACGUUUGCAUUUUUAAGUCGUGUUGCAAGUUUUUGCUGCUAGCCUCGCUACACAUGGAGCGGGAUAAUCAACCGCUGCUGGAACUGCUGGCGAUUGUGUUCGAUCCAGAGAACAAGUUCCACAUGCACAAUAUCGCACGACAGCCGGAAAAUAUGAACACACCACCCCCACCGCCCCCGCCACCAGCAGCACCAGCUACGUCGCUGGCAAAUCCGGUUACGUCGUCCACUUCAUCCUCCUCAUCGUCGUCCUCGUCGUCCCUGCCCGAUAGUAGUGAGAGUAGCACUACUACCAGCAGCGCUAAUGCACCAAGUGUAUCGACAAAGCAGACGCAGGACGAGGUUGCAAGCUAUGCGAAGCCACCAGUUGAAACGAAAAAUCCCCGCGGAUGGUUAUUCAACUUUAUCAAUCAAUUUGGCGUUUACAAUGGAUUUGAAAAUUUCCUCAAACGCAUGACGGUUGCAAUCGAGCAGCAGCAACGAGUAAGUGCGAGUGAUGAAAAAAUGGAAAAUGCACGUGACGCUAGUGGUGGUGCUGGUGGAGAAAAGUGCAAAGGAAAGAUUUCAUUGCAGCUUCUGCAUGCGUUGCUGCGUCCGUUUGGACUGUGCGCGGAGUAUCUUACCGUCGAUACGAUUGAGCGGUAUCUCCUGCCCGGCUGCCGGUUCGUGUUAACUGUGCUCGAGAGUCUCUCAGACGUAGAGCUGAAGCGUGAAGUAGUGUUCGAAGGAAAAAACGAUUUUAUCACCGGUAUCGUGAAGUUCGCUCGUGCCUUGUUAACGCGUGUGCCCGGGCAGGAAAGUCUGUUGAAUGAGUUGGAAAUGGCCCGUCUUAAAAUCAUUCUUCGCGUGUUGCAGAUAUCGAGUUUCAAUGGGAAAAUGAAUGCUCUGAACGAAAUCAAUCGUGUGCUGAGCUACGUUUCGAUAUAUCCUCACCGAGGUCUGAUUGCGGAAGAGGAGGGUGAUUUUCUCAGUGCAAACAGGAUGGCAAUGUGGAUACGAAGCAAUCGAGUGUUGGCGAUAGUGUUGAGGGAUUCCCUGCAUCAAUCCCAGUACGUGGAGAAACUGGAAAAAAUCUUACGUUUUUUGAUAAAAGAAAAGGCGCUCACGUUCGACGAUCUGGAUGCGGUGUGGAAUGCUCAGGAAGGCAAACACGAAGCAAUUGCGAAGAACGUACACGAUUUGCUGGCCAAACUCGCCUGGGAUUUUAGUGCCGAUCAGUUAGACUACCUCUUUCGGUGCUUUCAGACAAGCAUGCAAAAAUCGGCUAGCCGCAAACAGCGCGAACGUUUGUUGGAGUUGAAUCGUCGCCUGGCAGAGGACGAUAAGAACGGGAUGAUGGCGCAGAAGGUAUUAAAUAUGUUCUGGAAUCUAGCCCAUAGCACCGACACGCCGCUAGAAGUGCUUGAGCAGGCAUUGCAGUCACACGUUAAGAUCCUGGAUUACAGCUGCUCUCAGGAACGGGAUGCACAGAAAGGAAUUUGGCUGGUGAAGUGUGUGGAGGAGCUAAAGGGGCGCGACGAGUGGGUUUUGCCUGCGCUACGACUGAUCAGGGACAUAUGUUCGCUGUACGAUACUACCCCAAAUCAUACGCCCCGAAUACAACACACGAUGAAUCGGCAGAAGAUUAUCGAUCAAUUGCAAAAUGAUCACAAGCUAGUUAUUCUAGUUACAAACAGUCUGACAUGCUAUAUGAAUCGUGUGCGCACACUAGUGGCGGCUGAUCCAACACUUAAACCUACUAAGCUGCGCCUCGAUAAUCGAUAUCCACAUCCGCAACAGAUUCAGGAGCGGCUGGAUUUUUUAAAGUUCCUCCUCAAGGAUGGGCACCUUUGGCUGUGUGCGGAUCAGGCAAAGCAAAUAUGGAACUCACUGGCAGUGAAUGCAGCCUUCGACAGUGAUCGUGAGGAAUGCUUCCGGUGGUUCAGCAAACUGAUGGGUGAAAAUCCAGAUCUCGAUCCGGGUAUAAAUCGUGAUUUUUUUGAAAAUAAUCUGCUGAAGUUGGAUCCGAUAUUGUUAACGGAGAAUGGAAUUCGUUGUUUCGAGCGAUUCUUUCGCGCGGUCAACACAAAAGAAGAGCGAAUAAUUUCGGCAAAACAUCAUCAUCAUCGCAGUGCGUAUGUGCUCUACAACAAUGGUGAGGAUCUAAUCGGAAAGGAUUAUUUGUGGCGUGUGAUUACGGCCGGCCAGGAAUCGAUCGCCAAUCGGGCGAUUAGCAUACUGAACGAGAUGAUGACUGUGGGCCCCAGGCAGUUGGCUGACAUGAAAGGCUAUCACGAAGCUUUCAUUGAAGAAUGCUGCGAAAAGCUGCGGGCCAUGUUCCAGAGCAUGGAAAUGCUGUUACGUGAGUUUCCUUCCCCAAAGUUAAAGAAAGGGCAGGACAAGGAGUUGGUUCACUCCGCAUCAUCUGCUGUUACAGCGGUCACCGGUGAGCUGAGCCCAGAGCGGAUUGGCGACGAUGAGGGUAAUGGAGGAAUUAAUGGAGAUGUCGAGCGUAAAAAAUUGCUGCUUGUUGAUCAAAUGUGUCGUAUGAUUCGCACGCUCCAAGAAUACAUCCGUGAGUGUGAUCGGAAGUUUCCCGGAGAUAGGUUUGCCCAUCCUCUGUGUCACGCCGUCCGUGGGAGACACAUUGAACUAGUUAUAAAAUUUCAAACCCCCGGCCGACAGCUUGACGACAUAGAGAUGAUGAGCCACAGCAACGAGACGAUGCACUCUUUCAAGCGCAAUCUACUGAGGCGCAUUAAAGUGUUAAAGGCAAACGAAAUCCGCGUCGAUCUGUACGAUAAUGGAACGAACGAACUUGUGAUGGUACCGGACGAGCAACAAACGCUGGCAUUUUAUGGCGUACGAGACAAGAUGUCGCUCAUUGCGAAGCUUACACCCGUUUCGUCUGGUUUAAUGGCAGCCGGUUCACCGGAUAGUUCGAGUGAGAGUAGUUCCGGUUCUCCGCCACGGAAUUACGUAGAUCCAAUUAAGCAGACCUACCAUCAACAACAGCACGGUCAUAAUUUCCCCCAUCAGCAACAAACGAUGAUGCAGCAGCAUCCGAACUAUUUACACGGCCAACAUCAAAAUGCGGUAUCAACGCAGGCUUACCAGCAGCAUCAUUCUCGACAUUUCCUUCAAUCUGGCUCAGAAUCAGAAGAUACACUACCAGGGGUACUGAUUUCACAAAAGCCUCAGUACACAAACUUCUUCCUGCAGGUUUAUCAGUUGGCCAACGCGCUGGAACACGAUCGCUUGCGUGAUGGUGUACGAUCGUUGCUUCAUCUGCUUCCGCUGGAUCGUCUAACUGUGGGUAACUUGUAUGAAGUGUUCAAUACUUCCCAAGGUGCAAUAGAAGAUGUUCGGAAGGCAGCGAUGGAAGCGUAUAUAGCCACUCUUGGUUCCAGCGGCGAGUUAGAUGCAGCCGGUACGGGUGAUGUGGCAAAAGAGCACGAAGCUGAAAUAAAGGCUGUGAUGGAUGCGGCAGAAUUGGAGUCAUUGGAAACCUUUAAAUCGUUAUUUCUUACUCCAUCGCCAGUGCAAAUCCUGUACAAUCUGGAAGUCCUGGAAGCAAUGCUGCUUCCUGCAAGUAUCAAUCCUUUGCCAGCACCACCACAUCCAAACACAGUCCCUGGAACUACAAACAGCAGCGUAAAGGAUUUUGGUGGAAUGGGAAACGAAGUAGCAAUUGGAGAUAAUGCAACUGCGAUAGGAUCCGUGUUGGAGUUUCAGUAUGCAUGGUUCAAUUGUGGAGCAGCAGAUUUUAUCGUAGGAUUGCUAUCGGAAGAAAAUUUCCUUGCCACUGCUGAUAGACAUACGAAACGGGCGAGUUAUCGGUGUAUUAUGCGGCUGGUGAAGUUUUACUUCUUAACUGUUGGCUAUCUCGUACCGCCACCCACCUUCUACGAUCAAAUGCGUCAGUACGAUCAAUUUCAGGCCCAACUGAGACGAUACACCCCGCUGCACAAUAUGCUUCGUGGUGGGUUGCGUUGUGAAAACACACUAAAUGGUUUUGCGAAACGCCUUGCAUCGUACGUUUUGCAGCUGGAUAUGCGUCCGAAUAUGGUUGAUAGUCAAGAUCUGGUUGCAUCACUAUACCGUGGUGAAUGGACAUUUCCGUCUGUCCGUACUAUAAAAGCAAUCAUGGAGGUGGCGUUGAGAGUGUCCAAGGAUUGGGAACCGGUAUCGUGGGAUACGUUAAAGGAGCGUGCGUUUACCUCACGCUACGGUUCGGCUGAUGGUGCAACUACUGAUCAGACUGCAAAUGAUAUUGUCGAUGGUGAAAGUAAGGAUGCCUCCUGCGAAAAUACGGCGGAAGAAGUAAGCGUCACAAGCAAGCGUAGAUAUAGCACCAGCAGCAUAGGCAGUAACUGCAGCAGUGGAAGCGACAGUAGCUCCAGCAGCUGUUGCAACAGUAGCAGCAGCAAUUCAGUUGGUCUUGGCGCUUCAAUGCAGCAGCAGCAUCACCCUCAGCAGCAACAGCAACAGCAGCAUUCACAUCAGCAGCAUCACCAUAACCAUCGUGAGCAUGAUCUUCAGUUGGUAGGCAUCGUGGACCGCAGUCAGGAUUACGAGGUGCUUCAUGUUGCGCUGGAAGUGAUGGGACUGUCCCUGACGCUACACUCUGAUGCGGUUAAAGCGCUUAACAAGGAGGACGGUCUAUGGGACAGUUUUCUGGGGUCAUUGCUAUUGCUAAAUCCGUCCGCUAAAAUGAGAACGUUGGCGCGAGAACAGUUGCUAGCUAUGCUAUCGGGUGAAGUGUCAGAGGAGCUGCUACAAUCGAUUGUAUGCGUACUGUACAAUAUCUGGCGCAAAGUGAAUCAUCGGACAGAAACGUGUGCGGAUUAUUUGCAAUUGUUUGCCCAGCUGUUACAGUCUAAGGAACGCAAUGAAGCAACGCCUAUCGAUGUCGAGGAGCUGCUGCAGACAGAGAUCAAGUGGCUCUACUGGGUGCGUGACAAUGUGGUGGAACAUGGCAAAACGCUUGUGCACGAAGAGAUUUUGGAAGGGCAUUUGUGUCUAACGAGAUCCCUUGUGUUUCACAUGAAACCAGCCGAAAAGCGUCGUUUGAAUGCAUUGUUGGUGGACUUGGUGAAAGAAUUUGUCUUCAAUGCUUCAUUCCAGUACAUCUAUUAUCGACAUCGCAAAGAGAUACAUUUUCAGUUGCCUCCACCAGUGUGUCGUACUCCAAGAACUAUUUCCGCUGCAAUGGAUCUCAUCGUAGCGCUUAGUCACAAUUCAGUUGAAUUGACGACCACAAUUUCUAUGAUGUUGAAUGAUAUGUUUUUUGAAGAUAUAGAACCUAUCCGCGAAUGGGAAUAUUUGCCACCAGAUGCACCGCGUGCCCUUCAUGGGUUCUGUGGUUUGAAAAAUGCAGGUGCUACAUGCUAUAUGAAUUCAGUACUACAGCAACUUUACAUGGUUCCGGCCCUGAGAAACGGUAUCGUACGGAUUCAUCAGGCCGUCAUUGAUCAUAAGGAGGAUUUUAACGAAGAUCCGGACGGGCAAUCUUUGCUCGGCAUCCAGAAGGAAGAUGACGGAGGAAAAAACUAUCACAUAGGGAUACUGAAGUAUGUGAUGGUAAUAUUCUGCUAUCUUGGUCAUAGCGCUUUACAGUAUUAUGUACCUCGGGGAUUAUGGAGACAUUUCAAAUUGCAAGGAGAACCUGUCAAUCUACGUGAACAGCAAGAUGCGGUUGAGUUUUUUAUGUCCCUUUUUGAAAGCAUUGACGAAGGUCUUAAAGCCCUGAACUGCGAACAAUUAAUGUCAGCCACUCUGGGCGGAUGUUUUAGCGACCAGAAAAUAUGUCAAGACUGUCCGCACCGGUACAGCAAGGACGAACCAUUUAGUGUACUUAGUGUUGAUAUUAGAAAUCAUAGCUCGCUAACGGAUUCGCUGGAGCAGUAUGUUCGUGGUGAAAUACUAGAAGGUGCCGAUGCGUACCACUGUGAUAAAUGUGAUGAAAAGGUCGUUACAGUGAAACGGCUGUGCGUUAGCAAACUGCCGCCCGUACUAGCAAUACAGUUGAAACGGUUCGAAUAUGAUUAUGAACGCGUAUGCGCCAUCAAAUAUAACGAUUACUUCGAAUUUCCUCGCGUGUUGGAUAUGGAACCUUACACGGUUUCCGGUUUGGCGAAAAUAGAAGGCGAGGUUAUUAAUGUCGAGCCAAAGCAAGAGGAGCAAGGAUCUACCCGCUACCAACUGACCGGAAUAGUAGUACACAGCGGUCAGGCUUCCGGUGGCCAUUAUUAUAGCUACAUUCUGCACAAGAAUUACGCCAAUGGUCAAAAGAAGUGGUACAAAUUCGAUGACGGCGAAGUAACGGAAUGCAAGAUGGAUGAUGAUGAAGAGAUGAAAACCCAAUGCUUUGGCGGUGACUAUAUGGGUGAGGUAUAUGACAACAAUCUGAAACGCAUGCAGUACCGUAGGCAGAAACGAUGGUGGAAUGCAUACAUGCUUUUCUACACGCGCAACGAUGUUUACUAUGCGAAACCACCUAAGAAUGCGUUCUGGUGGCGACUAAGCUCUGGUCCGCAAACGUCACAUAUCAGAGCCCAAAGCAAGUCUAUAGUCGAAAGUCUAUCGUUAGCGCAGAGUGAACAUUAUUAUUUCAAUAUGGAAUCGAACGUGGAACGUUGCAUACGAAUCCAAAAUAUUCGAUAUUUGCACUCUAGGAUGUUGUUUUCGACAGAGUUUUUCACAUUUAUGAAGAAACUGACAGAAUUUCCGAUUAAACCAAAGAAUAAAGUACCAGUCUGGUUACUUCUGAAAGGAUUAGAGGAUGUUUGUUUGCUGAAAGUUCGGUUGGCAUCAAAGUUUUUAUUCCACACGGGCUUUAAAACGAAGAAGACGAUCAGAGGACAAGUAAUGGAUUGGUAUGAAAUAUUCCGCGUGCAGCUAGAAGGAUUCGUUUUCAUCCGGAAAUGGUUUGCCGAAAAUGUACUACUGGAUUCACCUGGUCGAUUAUGUGAAUAUUUGCUGGCGGCUCCUUUGCCAGAGAUUCGUUCGUGCUUUGCGAAGCUUAUUGUUUCCUUUUGCCAUUAUUCGGCUGAGGACGAACCGGUUGCUUGCUUUGAGGGCAGUAAUCUGUGCGAGCAAGUGUUAAUUGCGGUGCUGGGUUUGUUAAAAUCGGAUGUUCCGGAACAUGGUAAACAUCUGCCCCACUAUUUCAGUCUGUUUUCUAUGUACGCUGGUUUGGGAUAUAGGGAGGAAUGUCAGCUAAUUAAGCUAAACGUACCAGUGCUCUUCAUGCGAGUUGCAAUGGAUGAUGGAACGGGACCGACGAUAAAAUAUCAGUAUCCGGAUCUGAGUAAACUGCACCAUGUUGUAUCGCAUUUGGUUCGUUCGAUGGAUGUAUCGACUCGAUGCCGAAGCGCUAUUACCGGAACAGCUGUGCUGCCAAACAAAUACAUAAACGACCAUAUAACGAGGAAAAACGCAUUAAUUCCCAUGUCUGAAGAGUGUAUAGAUUAUCUUUACAACAGAACUGGGUACAUUAAACGUUUGCUGGAGGAUGUGCACGUUGGAGAGGAGGGUUUUAAACUGCUACAGUACUGCUGCUGGGAGAAUCCGCAUUUCUCAGGCAUAAUUCUAAUGGAGCUCCUGUUCCAGUGUGAUUAUGUGUAUUGGCACGACAUGAAGCACUAUACAGAUUUGCUUCUGCACAUCUUGCUUAUCGAAGAUUCGUGGCAGGGCCAUCGCAUAAUGAAUGCACUGUUGGGUGUUGGUCACGAUAGGGAUGGUUUGCUAGAGAUUAUCAGACGCAGCAAACUAAAUUACCAGAAACGUGCCUACCAAUGCAUAAAGUGUAUGGUGCAUUUGUUCUCCAAGAGCCCAGUGGCACUUAACAAACUGCAUACGGAUGCAUCACUCGCAAAACAGUGGACAUUAGCGAUCGAAUGGCUGCAAGAGGAGUUGGAGAAGCAUCGUACCACUGGUAACAGUCAGUACAACUACAAUUCGUGGUCACCGCCUGCGCAAAGUAACGAUAAUACGAACGGAUUUUUGUUGGAAAAGUCGCAAUCCGUUCGAGAUAUUUUGCAAAUGGCUUUUGAUUUGUGCCCGGAAGAGAUUCAAGACGCCGAAACAAUGGAGCAUCAAGUAAUCUGUCAAGAAGACGGUGUAAUUCGAGCAGGAGACGAUGCUGCAACCGGAACGAUACAGGGAAUUGUGAACGAAGUCGAAAAGACUCAACAAGUUUCGCCUGUAGUGUCCGUUAUGGGUUUAAGUGCCGGUACUACUAGUGUCGUGCAUGCACAGCCAAUAUCAACGACUUCUGGAUCCGAGGUACUGGGAUACGGUGAUGGUCAUAAUGGACCAAAAGUUGAAACAGUUGGUGAUUCGGGCGAUCAAGGCAGAGCAAACAUGUCGCCAAGUGUGAAGGAACUAGCGGGGGUAAUAUCUACUAUUGAUAUUAAUUCCGAUAACUUUUCGGAGCAACAAACUAAAACAGUGAAACCGGCGACACCGGGAAAUAGUGCAAGUCAGCCACAGUCAACGCUUACGACGACACCAACGGCAACAGCAUCUCCAUCGCCACAAUCGGCGCUCUCAGCCACGACAACGCAGCCAACCUCGCAGAGCACUGUGACCAAAAAGGAUCGUCCUGGCCGUUCCGGUGACGGGCAAUCUUGCACCAGUUAGCAAAGAGAGAAAUGACACAUCUGAAGCAUAUAACCCAUAAUGCGAGAGAAUCGGUAGCGGUUCUGCGAUGUGAAAUAUGAUAGACAGGCAGCAUACGAUUGUAGAAGUGGUGGCCUCAAGGGUGGAAUAUAAGCAAAACUAUGAUUCGCUAAAAGAAAUCGACUUAUGUAGCUAGUAGUUCUGGUCAUUUUGUGCUUGAACUAGUUUAAAAACGAAGAACAUAGUGUUGGAGCGCCAGGUGUGAAGAAAUCAUUUGUAUCCGUUAUUAAUAAUAGUAAAGCCGGAAGGAAAAACCACGAAAAAACAGUUAAAACAGCAAGCAACAGAACUAAGAAUGAAGAAGAACACCGCAUGCAAACACGAAACGCCUCACACAAAUAACAAAUAAACACUUUAGCCUAUACAAUUGAUGAAAACACAUUUCCUUUAAUGCCAUUGACGUAGACAAGUGAUUCAAAAAUGGGAGAAACAUUCAAACCACGAUAACCCGACGAAAUGUUACUAGGUGGAACUGGGAAGUGUUUGACGUAAGUUUGCUUACUGCCGUUACUAGUCAUAAUGAAUGGCAAUGGAGAGGAUAUAAGAAGCAGAGCACAUACAACACAUACACACACAUUAGAAAAAAAAUAAACUAUGGAAAGGUCUGUGAAAAGCAAAGUAAUGAUCUAUUACGUACCCAGCAGAAUUGCCCCGACAUGGAAACACAUAAUGCAUGCUACAAUAAAUUGUGAACAAAUAUAAAUAUGUUUAAAUUAUUGGACUAUACAAGGAUAA